AUGCCGAAGCCAAAACGGUAUGAAUGGAGAAUCAAGCAGAAACCUCCCCAGAAAGCAGCAGCACCAUCAUCCGCACCGCCACCGCCACCGCCACCGCCGUCGCCACCGUGGGUGGAGCUUCCUCGAGAAAUAACGGCGGACAUCUUUCGCCGAGUGGGAGUGGUAGAUACAUUGCUAAAUGCACAGAAUGUUUGCAAUAGCUGGUGGGAGGUGUGCCAUGACCCUUCCAUGUGGCGAGUCAUUGACAUGCGCAAUCCAGAAGAUAUGGAAAUGGAUGUUGUCUUUCACAAGUCGUGCCGCGUUGCUGUUGAUCGCAGCCAGGGUCAGUUGUCCAAAAUUAACAUCGAGUAUUUUGGUAAUAACGGCUUGCUCAAGUAUAUAGCUGAGAGAUCAAAUCAGCUAAGGCAUCUACAACUUGUCGGCUGUGAUAAUAUUUCAAAGGGAAGUUUAGCUGCAGUAGCUAAAAAUUUCCCGUUGUUGGAGGAGUUACACAUUUACUUAACUUCUAUUAGUAUAGUGGAUAUUGAAGUUAUUGGUCGUUCGUGCUCUCAGCUGAAGUCAUUUACAUUGAACGUCUGUGGAUUUAGAGGAGGAUUGACAGGAUUUAGAAGAUUACAGAUCAAUGUCGAUGAUCAAGCUCAUGCUAUUGCAUUAAAUAUGCCUGAAUUGCAACACCUUGCACUUUUUGGGAAUACAAUGACAAACGAAGGUUUGUGUGCCAUUCUUGAUGGCUGCCCCCUGCUUGAAUCACUUGACUUACGCCAUUGCUAUAGUAUUGAUCUUGAAGGGGAUGUUGGAACGAGAUGUCGCCAGCAGAUUAUAGAUCUGAAGUGCCCUCAUGAUUGCACUCAUGGUUAUGAAUUAAGUGCUCAAAUAUGUGAUUACAACCCUGCCGAUGAUGAAUCUGACCAUGGUCUCUCAAACUAUUAUAAUUACAGUGACUUUGACUAUAUUUAUCCUGACUUGGAGUAUGACGACUUCAAUUACCUUUCUGGAGAUCUGGAUGAUGAUGGUUUCUUUUGGUGA